UGAGCACGAACGAAGGUCGGCGCGUUGUUUCCAAGAUGGCAGCGUCUACAUCCCAGGUGCUUUCUCUGUAUCGCAAGCUUAUGAAAGAAAGCAAUAAAUUUCCCUCUUAUAAUUACAGGACGUACGCCUUGCGCCGGGUGCAGGAUGCCUUCAGGGCAAACCGGAGUGUAGAAGACCCUAAGGUGGUGGAGCAGCUCUUAAACCAGGGCAGGGACAACCUAGACAUGGUCCGGAGACAGGUUGCUAUAGGUAAGAUGUACCCGACCCAGAAGACUAUUGUUGAGGGGUAGGGGUCGAAGAGGAACCCACCGAUGGGCAUUGAUGGAGUGUCUCAGAACGAGAGGAAACGAUGCCCAAGAGACCAUGGGAGACGGAGCACUGAACCGCGACCUCACUUUCCCUUUCACACGGAAGCUUUAUUUUCCCACGCCCUCAUUGGAUGGAUAGGGGGAAAGCCUAUGGGUUGGGCCUACUUUGUCCGACAUCAAAUUGUCCUUUUAUCUCUAGACCAGUGUUCCCAACUCUCCACAUUUUUGUUCUAGCCCUGCACUGAUACACAUGAUUCAACUAGACAGGGACUUGCUGAUGUAUUUGAUUAUUUUAAUGUGUCAGAGCAGCCCUAAAACAGAAAUGUGGACUAUUUAGCGUUCCCCACGAGAGGGUUGGGAAACACUGCCCUAGACAUUUCGUGAUGGACUGUCGUAGAUCUGAAAGCAUCAGAUAGGCAUUAGAAAUAAAAGUAAUAAUGCCACCUAGCCUUUUGGUAGGCAAUAGAGAUUCUACCAUAUUGCUCACACCUUUACACACACACACACACACAUAUAUAUAUCUAUCUAUCUAUCUAUCUAUCUUUCUGGUGGGAAGAGGCAAGGGGAUGGUUGAUUUCCGACUUGGCAACUGUGCAGCGUUGACGACGUUAACGAUUGUCCUUGGUCACUUUAUACUGUACCCUCUUCACCAUACUACAGUAAUGAGCUUAUUUUGGGAGCUGUAAGAGUUGUAACAGUGCCACGGUGUACACAUGGCCUUGAUUCCCUUGUUCUAUUUUUCUAUUGUGUGUUGUAUAUAUGAUUUGUCGUCAUAUAAGAUGGUGUAUAAACAGACUGAAGAUUUGCAGA